AUGCCUCAACUUCCGCCUCCGUCGAGCAUGCAGCCGCAUAAUGACUUUGUCAAGCUUCUCGCAGAGAAAGUUGCCGAGCUACAUGCAUCUCAGACGCCUUUUCGCAUCUACCACGGCAACACCAAUUCAACUCGUACAUCCACCAAAACCUUCCAGAACAGUCUCGAUGUCUCGAGCCUCAAUCACGUCCUCAAAGUCUAUCCGGACACCAAGAAAUGCAUAUGCGAGCCGAAUGUGCCCAUGGAAUCACUUCUCUGGAACACGAUGCGCCACAAGAUGAUGCCGCCGGUGGUGCCUGAAUUUCGAGGCAUCACCGUCGGAGGCGCAUUUGCCGGAACCGCGGGUGAGAGCUCAAGCUUCAAGCACGGCUUCUUUGAUCGUUGUGUUACUUGGUUCGAGAUGAUCCUGGCUGAUGGCACAAUUGUCACUGCCUCCCCUUCCGAGCGCCCUGACCUCUUCCAUGGCGCCGCGGGGACCUUUGGUACCCUUGGCGUGAUUACGCUUCUUGAGCUCGACCUGAUCGAGGCUGAGCGCCAUGUAGAGCUGACCUAUCAUCCCGUCACCUCAAUCUCUGAUGCUGUUUCUACCAUCUCGUCGCUCAUGGAAGCCGACAAGUCCGGGGUGUCUCCCAUUGCUUUCUUGGACGGCAUUAUGUACUCGUCAACAUCUGGCGUGGUCAUGUCAGGUACCUUUCUCUCCGAGCUGCCUUCACCGGACUCUGCCGUGACGACCUUCUACGCCGCGUCCGACCCCUGGUUCUACCUUCAUGCACAAACGCGGAUCGCCUCAUCCACCAAGACGGACAUCAUCCCGCUAAUAUCCUACGUCUUCCGCUACGACCGUGGCGCUUUCUGGACAGGCCGCCAUGCGUUCACCUACUUCAUGACACCGUUCAAUUGGGUUACACGAUACUUGCUAGACGACUUCAUGAACACGCGUAUUAUGUACCAUGCGUUACAUCGAUCUGGUCUUACCAAUCAAUUCAUCAUCCAAGACAUGGCGACACCUGCCUCGAGGAUGACGGAAUUUAGCGACUGGCUCGAUAGCCCUGCCGGAGGCUGUGGGGAGAUAUAUCCUCGGUGGCUUUGCCCCUUGAAAGCUGGUGAAACAGUCAGCAUGUCGCCACAUCUGGACAGCACGACACCCAAGCCCGCAGCACAAGGCAGGCUCGAAAAUGGUGCGGACGACUUCCUUCUCAACAUUGGCCUCUGGGGGCCUCUUCCACCCAGUGCUGCUCACAACCAGUUGGGUGUCAACCGCGCCAUCGAGAAGAAGCUGUGGGAGCUGGAGGGAAUGAAGUGGCUGUAUGCACAGACAUUUUACACCGAAGAAGAGUUCUGGCGCAUCUACGACCGAAAGUGGUACGCGAAACUGCGAACAAAGUACCAUGCCGAUGGGCUCCCAGACGUCUACCAGAAGGUCGGGCCUAGAGCGGAAGUGCUGGAGCGGUUGCAGGGUGGAGGUGCAGCGAUGGGCUGGUAUGAUUGGGUCUGGGAGACGGUGUGGCCGUUGAAGGGUGUGUACGGAGUGCUGAGUGCCCUCAAGGGUGGUGACUAUUUGAGGAAAAGUAAAUAG